CUUCACCGCGGCCACGGGGCGCGCCGAGCCGCCGCGCCGCGCCGCCCGCAUGGCCUUCCUCCCCUUCUUCCUCCCCUUCUUCCUCCUCUUCCUCGCCACCCCCACCGGAGCCAAGGAAGUGGUGCUGCUGGACUUCGCCCAGGCCCAGGGCGAGCUGGGCUGGCUCACCCAACCCUACGGCAAAGGGUGGGACCUGCUGCAGAACGUCAUGAACGACUCGCUCAUCUACAUCUACGCGGUCUGCGACGUGCUGGAGGGCGAGCAGGAGAACUGGCUGCGCACCAACUGGAUCUACCGCAGCGAGGCGCGCCGCGUCUUCGUGGAGCUCAAGUUCACCGCCCGCGACUGCAACAGCUUCGCCGGCGCCUCGGGCGCCUGCAAGGAGACCUUCAACCUCUACUACGCCGAGUCGGACGUCGACUAUGGCACCAAUUUCCAGAAGCGGCAUUUCCGCAAGAUCGAUACCAUCGCCCCGGACGAAGUGACGGGGCAGGAGGAUUUCGCCGCCCGGCACGUCAAGCUCAACGUGGAGGUUCGCUCCGUGGGGCCGCUGAGCCGCAAAGGUUUCUACCUGGCUUUCCAGGACCUGGGCGCCUGCGUGGCCCUGCUCUCCGUCCGCGUCUACUACAAGAAGUGCCCCGGCGUGCUGCGUGGCCUCGCCGCCUUCCCCGAGACGGUGGCCGGUGGCGAGGCGCAGGCGCUGGCCGAGGUGCGGGGCUCCUGCGUGCCCGGCGCCGUCAUCGCUGCCGCCGCCGGCGCCGCCCCGACGCUGCACUGCACCGCGGACGGCGAGUGGCUGGUGCCCGUCGGGCACUGCGAGUGCCGGGCCGGCUACCGGCGAGGCGCCGGCGAGAGCUGCGAAGCCUGCCCGCGCACCUUCAAAGCCGAAGCCUCGGACGACGGCUGCCUGCCGUGCCCGGAGCACACGCUGCCGGCGGCCGCCGGCUCCGGCGCCUGCCCCUGCGAGGACGGCUACUUCCGAGCGCCCGGCGACCCGGCCGGCUCGGCUUGCACGCGCCCCCCGUCGGCGCCGCGGGCCCUCACGGCCGUGGCGGUGGGCGCCACGGUGCAGCUGCGCUGGGAGCCGCCGGCCGACGCCGGCGGGCGCCACGACGUCACCUACAGCGUGGGCUGCGAGCGGCGCGAGGAGGCCGCCGGCGGCGGCAGCGGGCGGCCCUGCGAGGGCGGCCUGCGGUACGGGGCGCCGCCGCGGGCGCUGCAGGCCACGGCGCUCACCGUCGCCGGCCUCGAGCCCCACGUCGCCUACACCUUCGCCGUGGAGGCCCGCAACGGCGUCUCCACCUUCAGCGCCCGCCGCAGCGUCGCCACCGCCACCAUCAGCGUCAACCAGACGGAGCCGCCGCGGGUGACGGCGCUGAGCCUCGUGGGGCGCACGGCCACGAGCCUGGCGCUGGCCUGGAGCGUGGCGCCGCGGCAGCGCCCGCGCGUCUGGAAGUACGAGGUCACCUACAGCAAGAAGGCGGACGAGAACAGCUACUCGGUGCUGCGCUGCGACACCGCCGCUGUCACCCUCGGCAAGCUGGCGCCCGGCACGGCGUACGUGGUGCGGGUGCAGGCGCUCACCCGCGACGGCCAGGGCGCCUACAGCCCCCAGCACGAGUUCGAGACCCUCCCCGAGGGCUCCGAGGACGCGGUCUCCGCCGCCGCCAUCAGCGGCUCCGUCGCCGGCGUCCUCGUCGUCAUCGUCCUGCUGGGCGCCGUCCUCUACGUGUUCUGCAGGAAGAGGAGCUCGCACCCGCACCGACCCGAUGCCGAAGUCUGCUUCUCCGAGGCGGACCAGCUCCGGCCGCUGAAGACCUACGUGGACCCGCACACCUACGAGGACCCCAACCGGGCCGUGCUCAAGUUCGCCACCGAGAUCCAUCCCGCCUUGGUCACCCGCCAGAAGGUCAUCGGUGCUGGCGAGUUCGGCGAGGUCUACAAGGGCGUGCUGAAGCGCGGCAAGAAGGACGUGCCCGUGGCCAUCAAGACCUUGAAGGCGGCCUCCACCGAGAAGCAGCGCCUGGACUUCCUCGGCGAGGCCGCCAUCAUGGGCCAGUUCUGCCACCGCCACGUCAUCCGUCUCGAGGGGGUGGUCUCCAAGCACAAGCCCUUCAUGAUCAUCACAGAGUACAUGGAGAACGGCGCCCUGGACACGUUCCUACGGGAGAAGGACGGGGAGUUUGGCGCCGGGCAGCUGGUGGACAUGCUGCGGGGCAUCGCGGCCGGCAUGAAAUACCUUUCGGGCAUGAACUACGUCCACCGGGACCUGGCGGCCCGUAACAUCUUGGUCAACGGGCAGCUGGUCUGCAAAGUGUCCGAUUUUGGGCUCUCGCGGGUGCUGGAGGAUGAUGCUGAGGCCACCUACACCACCAGCGGAGGGAAGAUCCCCAUCCGUUGGACGGCGCCGGAGGCCAUCUCCUACCGCAAGUUCACCUCGGCCAGCGACGUCUGGAGCUACGGCAUCGUCAUGUGGGAGGUGAUGUCCUACGGCGAGCGGCCCUACUGGGAGCUCUCCAACCACGAGGUCAUGAAAGCCAUCAACGAGGGCUUCCGCCUGCCGGCGCCGCUCGACUGCCCCGCCGCCGUCUACCAGCUCAUGCUGCAGUGCUGGCAGCAGGAGCGGAGCCGGCGGCCCAAGUUCGCCGACAUCGUCGGCGUCCUCGACAAGCUCCUCCGGGCGCCCGACUCCCUCCGGACCCUGGCGGACUUCGACCCACGGGUCUCCAUCCGGCUGCCCAGCACCGGCGGUGCUGAGCGCCUGCCCUUCCGCUCCGUCGGUGAGUGGCUCGAAUCCAUCCGGAUGCCACAGUACGCCGAGCACUUCCGCGCCUCCGGCUACACCACCGUGGAGAAGGUGGUGACCAUGAGCAGCGAGGACAUCAAGCGAAUUGGCGUGCGCCUGCCGGGCCACCAGAAACGCAUCGCCUACAGCCUGCUGGGGCUGAAGGAGCAGCUCGGCACCGGCGGCUGCCCCGGCUGAGCCCCCCCACCCCGAAACCCUCCACGCGGAGCGACGAAGGGCGCCCGGCCGCCGCCGAGCCCCCUUAUUUAUUAUUUCUAUAAUUAUUAGUUUUUUUUUUUUUAAUAUCGCUAUUUUUAUUGAUGGGAGCUGCCGGCCCCCGCUGGGCGCCGCUCCUCCGCAAAGCAGGAUGGGAUGGGGCGGGGAGGGGGGGAUGAAAUGGGUGAGACCCUCCCCCAACCCCCCCCCAUCCCAUCCCGGGUGAAAAAAAAAAGUUAAAAUUUCAAACGCGGGCGCCGGCCGCCAGGAUAAAACAGUUUUUUUAUAUAUAUAUAUAUAUAUAUUUCUUAAAUCUCUGGGCGGCCGGUUUCCCUAUAUUUUAAUUUAAAAGUGCCUCGUGUGGGCCAGGCACUGCUCUUACUAGUUUGGGGGGAUUUCUCCCCCUUCUUUUUCUCUAAUUUUUCUUUUUUGUUGUUUUUUUUUGUUUUGUUUUGUUUUGUUUCUUCCCCCUUCGUUUUUCUCUGCCCAGUGCCAGGGCUUUGCCCCCAGCCUGGCUUCUCCUUUUGUCUCCUCUAUUUAUUCUGUCUGUGCCAUGCCACAAUCCUGCUCUUUAUUCCUUUCCCCCCCACACCUUAAAGCUGUCUGCUAUUCUGCUAGUGUUCCCUUUUUCCUCUAUUUUUUUUAAAAAACCCAUAAUUUAUUAUAUUUUUUUUAUAUUUAUUGAGAGUAAUCAAUCUUGCCAGAUUUUUCACCAUCACCAAAGUGUGUGUGUGGGGGGGGGGGAACCAACAACAAAACGUCGCUGGGAUCAUCCUCCCCUCCCACCACCAAGUGGUUUAACAGAUGUACUUUUGUGAGGUUGAUUUUAAUAAAAUUGCCUGUUUUUUUCUAAAAAAAAAAAAAAAAAAAAAAAAUCCUGCUCCCUCUCCCCCCAGCUCCUUGCUGCAGCAGAGUGACUGGUGGAGAUUGCUGCCCAAACUGGGCGGGCUUUUCCC